AUGUCGCGCCGCACACGCCGCUUAGGAGAGGAAGAGAUUGAAAAAUACUUGUUUGAAGACAUCCCUUCAGGUGACGAGAGCAGUUGUAGCUUAGAAGAUGACGAAGAAGGGGCAGAAAAUCAGCCAAAUCCGAUGGUGUUAGGUGAUUUGAUUGGAGUUCAAAUUGCUCCUGACGACAUUUAUGAUUCUGAUGAUGACCUUCCAUUGUCCAGCCAGUUACAACGAAAUCCUGAUUCCACACAGUCUAAUAAUGUAAAUUCAAACAUGCCGGCUAGGAUUGCUCCAAAAUGGAAGAAGAAUUAUAGAAUGGAUAUUCCUGGUGAGUUUUCUGAAAGAGUGGGUUUGUCAGAUCAAAUUCUAAGCAUGGAAAAUGUGACACCUCUUUUACUAUUUGGCCUUUUUUGGACAGAGCAUUUGCAAGACCUUUUAUGUUUCCAAACUAACCUUUAUGCUACUCAAACUGGAAAGCCAUAUACACCUAUCACAACAGAAGAGCUUGAUGUUUUUAUUGCCUUGAAUUUGGUGAUGGGGAUAAAAAAAUUGCCGAGCUACCGAGAUUAUUGGUCUUCAGCGCCUGAUUUGCAUGACAGCUAUGUUUCGAAGUUCAUGAGCUUUAAAAGGUUCAGUUGGCUUUUGAAUAACUUACUUGUUAAUGACAAUAGUGUAAUGCCUGACCGAAAUGACCCUAAUUACGAAAAACUUUAUAAAAUUAGACCUCUACUCGACUUACAGCAAAACAAUUUUCAAAAAAAUUACACGCCAUCUGAGAGAGUUGCUAUCGAUGAAAGCAUGAUCAAAUUCAAAGGCAGAAACUCCCUAAAACAAUACAUGCCAAAAAAGCCGACGAAACGGGGCUACAAGGUUUGGAUGAUGUGUGCACAAUCAGGUUAUUGUCUAGAUUUUAAUAUUUAUACAGGCAAACAGGGUAGUAACGUCGAAACUGACUUAGGUGGAAAAAUUGUAAAGAAUUUUUGCGAACCCUUGAAAAAUAAAAAUCAUAAGGUUUAUUUUGACAAUUACUUCAAUGGUUACCCUUUGCAAGUGGAACUACUUAAGAACCAGAUAUAUGCUUGUGGAACUGUGAACUCAAAUAGAAAGUUCUUGCCAACGCUAAAAGAUGACAAGCAUUUACAAAGAGGUGAACAUGAUUACCGGGUUAGUGACACAAAAGUAAGUUUGCUGAAAUGGAAGGACAAGAGAUCAGUAUUUAUUCUGUCAAACUAUUAUGAUCCGAAGAAUGUGGGAAAGGUAAAACGCAGAGAGCGUGAUGGCACCAGUACUGAAGUGUCCUGUCCUCAGGCCGUCAUUGACUACAACGCAAACAUGAACUUUGUCGACAAAUAUGAUCAGCUCAAAGGAAGCUAUGCUAUUGACAGAAAAUCCCAUAAAACUGCAAUCCUCUUCACGCCCAGACCUAGACAAGCUGAUUCUGAAAGAAUUCAGACGAGAAGUAUAUCGGGGCCUACUGGCACCAGCAUAUGUGAGAGACAAACACAGGCUGGAUUCAGUGAACAGCAACCGUAA